ACUUUCACAAUGAGCGCGAUUAAUACCUUUGUGGCAAUGUGGCGCUUCCUGCUGACCCUUGGCCCCUCGGCCAUGGUCAUUUUGCUUCUAAAUAAAGGAAUUCUCGAACAACGACCGGAUAUUGUGGAUGAUCAGCAUCGCGUUCGUUCCAUUUACAUUGAAGAUCUGCGGGAUAUUUAUGAUUUUGUGAUUAUUGGUGGCGGCUCAGCUGGCUGUGUUUUGGCCUCACGUCUCUCCGAGAAUCCCGAAUGGAGUGUCCUCCUCCUGGAGGCUGGUGGAGAUGAACCAGUGCUCAUUGAUUUGCCACAAUUGUAUCCAGUUUUUCAACGUAGUCCCUGGGAUUGGAAGUAUUCGACAGAGCCCUCGGAUCGCUACUGUUUGGCCAUGGAGGAUCAGAGAUGCUUCUGGCCACGUGGUAAAGUUCUAGGCGGUUGUAGUUCCAUCAAUGCCAUGAUGUAUAUACGGGGUAAUCGUAGGGAUUAUGAUCAUUGGUCUCAGUUGGGUAAUCCCGGCUGGGAAUAUGGCAAUGUCUUGCACUAUUUCCGCAAGGCGGAGGAUAUGCGAGUUCCCGGCUAUGAGCAUAAUCCAUAUCAUGGCCAUGGUGGUCCCAUUUCCGUGGAGAGAUAUAGAUUCCCCUCGCCUUUGCUGGACAUCUUCAUGAGGGCUGCCCAUCACUUGGGUCUCGUUCAUCGCGAUGGUGACUUCAAUGGCCAUUCCCAGACUGGUUUUGCUCCACCUCAUGGCACUCUGCGUGAUGGUUUGAGAUGCAGUGCCAAUAAGGGUUAUCUCCGCCGCAGCUGGCAGCGUCCCAAUCUGGAUAUUGUCCUCAAAGCCUUUGCCGAACGUUUGAUCAUUGAUCCACAAAGUCAUCGCGCUCAGGGUGUAAUCUUUGAGCAUGGUCUUUUCAAGCAUCAAGCCAUGGCUCAAAGAGAGGUCAUAUUGGCCGCCGGGGCCUUGGCCAGUCCACAACUGUUGAUGGUCAGCGGUGUGGGUCCACGGGAGCAGUUGGAACCAUUGGGUAUACCCGUGAUUCAACAUCUACCCGGUGUUGGUGGCAAUCUUCAGGAUCAUAUCUCCACCUCGGGGGCCAUUUACACCAUCCAAAGUGGCCUCAAUCGUUCCUUGUCCUUCAUUGUGCCCGAAAUGAUGACCGAGGAGGCUGUGGAGGAGUUCCUGGAGCGCAGGGAGAGCUUCUUCUAUGCCAUGCCCGUGAGUGAAGUGAUGGGAUUUGUUAGUACAAAGUAUCAAGAUCCCCGAUUGGAUUGGCCCGAUGUCCAACUAUUCAUGGGCAGUUAUGGUUAUGGAGCUGAUGGUGGAAUGAUUGGUCGCCGAGGGGCUGCAAUUACAUUGGAAAACUUUGCGGAAACCUUUGAGCCGGUAUUGUAUCAGGAUUCCUUUGUGAUUGCUCCACUGGUAAUGCGUCCCAGGUCGAGGGGUUAUCUCCAGAUCAAGUCAGCGGAUGCCAGGAUUCAUCCCCUGAUACAUGCCAAUUACUAUGAUGAUCCCCAUGAUAUGGCCGUGAUGGUGGAGGGUUUGAAGAUGGCCCAUCGUCUCACUCAGACCCCGGUGAUGCAGUCCCUCAAUGCCACCAUGAAUAUUUACGAGUGGCGCAAUUGUCCAGAGGUGGAGUAUCUUAGUGAUGCCUUUUGGGAAUGUCUGGCCAGAUUUUAUUCGCAAACCAUUUACCAUCCGGUGGGAACUUGCAAAAUGGCUCCAGCCUCGGAUCCUGCCGGAGUUGUGGAUCCCCGAUUGAGGGUUCGUGGUUUACGUAAUCUUCGAGUGAUUGAUGCCAGCAUUAUGCCUACCAUACCCACGGGAAAUACAAAUGCUCCGACCUUGAUGCUGGCGGAAAGGGGAGCGGAUAUGAUCAAGGAGGAUUGGAGGCACUACAGAGAUGGAGGUUGGUCUUAGACUCAGAUGGAGAGUAAGGAUGUAUAUCGAGGGGAAAAGUUAGACAAUAAAACCUCCCUUACAAUAUAACAUUUGUUUGUAUUAUUUCUCAUUCAAAACCAGUAAAGAUUGUAGAGUUUAAAGAAGUUCUCGACAACCUUUAUAAGAAAUAUGUUAUAAUUUUAAAUAAAUCACAUAACAAAGCA